AUGAAAGAGUAGAGAGAGAGAGAGAGAGAGAAUUGGAAUAUAGAGCGAGUAAACUAGAGAUAGCGAGAGUCAGAUAGCUGGGUUGUAUAUGAGAUUUGGGGUGUUUGAGUUGCAGAGAGAGAGAGAGAGAGAGAGACUGAGAAGAAGAAUACUCAACUUAAUUGCAAUCAAGUCCUUCUCUUCACAAUACAAUUGUAUUCUCAUUGGUUUCGGUUUAAUUUUGAUGAGGAAGAGACUCAAGCAGUGUCAUGUUGGAAGGUCCUGGAUUUCUUGUCUCCCGGGAACUACCCAGUUCCUGCGAGCAUGAGAGUAAGUGGAUUUACAAUACAUUCUGUGUGAUUGAAUUUUCAAAUCGUAAGCGCCGUUUGGAAGAUGGUGGAGGGAUUUCUCUGAGAAAGUCACCCAAGUCGUCAGAUGUCAUUGAGAGAGAGGAAACAAUGCAGGGGUUUUGUGAUCUUUCACUCUCUCAAGCCAACCGACCAGAUAAUCAAGGUCACGGUGGUGAUCAAUCGGAUACAAGUUCAUUCAUACACCAAAUUGGCCGAGAUAUGUCUAUUAAUUGUCUACUCCGAUGCUCAAGAUCAGAUUAUGGCUUGAUUGCCUCAUUGAAUCGAAGCUUUAGGUCUCUAAUUCGGAGUGGUGAGCUAUACAGGUUGAGGCGGCAGAUGGGAAUUAUUGAACAUUGGGUUUAUUUCUCGUGCACCCUUCUUGAAUGGGACGCUUUCGAUCCCAUUCGCCUUCAAUGGAUGCAUUUACCUAGAAUGACAUCAAAUGAAUGCUUCAUGUGUUCAGACAAGGAAUCAUUGGCUGUUGGUACCGAACUUCUUGUAUUUGGAAAGGAGAUUAGGUCCCAUGUGAUUUACAGAUAUAGCAUAUUGACAAACUCAUGGUCAUUGGGUACAGGGAUGAAUGAACCAAGAUGCUUGUUUGGGUCUGCAAGUCUUGGGGAAAUUGCAAUUGUUGCAGGAGGUUGUGACCCAGAGGGCAAUAUCUUGCGCUCAGCAGAGCUUUAUAACUCAGAUACUGGUACAUGGGAGACUCUUCCAAGCAUGAAUAAACCAAGGAAAAUGUGUUCUGGGGUGUUUAUGGAUGGGAAGUUUUAUGUUAUUGGAGGAAUUGGAGUAGGCAAUCCAAAUUUGCUUACAUGUGGGGAGGUGUAUGAUUUGGAGACAAGAUCAUGGCGUGAGAUUCCUAAUAUGUUCCCUGCACGCAACAUAGAGGCUGGGGCGACUGAGACACCGGCUACAGCCAAGGCACCUCCUCUGCUUGCAGUUGUGAAGAAUGAGCUAUAUGCAGCUUAUCAUGCAGAAAAGGAAGUGAGGAAGUAUGACAAGGCAAGGAAUCUGUGGGUUACAGUGGGGAGGUUGCCUGAACGAGCAGUCUCCAUGAAUGGUUGGGGGCUAGCGUUUAGGGCAUGCGGAGACCGGCUUAUUGUUAUUGGUGGACCUAGGGCUUUAGGUGGAGGGAUGAUAGAGGUUAAUGCUUGGGUGCCAGAUCAAGGUCCGCCACAGUGGAGCUUGCUGGCCAGCAAGCAUUCAGGAAGUUUUGUUUAUAAUUGUGCUGUGAUGGGUUGCUGAGGUGUUUGAUUUUGGUGACACUGUAUUUACUAUACGGGGUUCCCUUUCUCAGUGGGAUUUACAAACUUUCUUUCUGAAGGAGUUGGGAUUCUGGUUAGUGGCGAAUCUCUGCCUUUUUUUUGGGUAAUUAAUCUGUCUUCCUUUUGGGGAAAAAUUCAUAUUUUACUUGUGCUUCAUAAAUAUUACUUGAAGGAGGUCUCAAGGUUUCUCCAUCUUCUAAUUCUUUUUGUGUCCUAUUGGUUUGCAUCUUCAACCUUUUUUAGUUUCCACAAUAGGUUUUGUUUUCCAAAGGUUGGCAUCACGAAGGACAAAGCAUAGACUAAUAAUUGAAGAACCAGUACACUUUUUGGGCUUUUAUGAAUAAUUACAAAAAGCUCUAUUGAAACACCAGAAACCAUUUUAUCGGUUCAUAAUCUCAAUUGCUUGGUUUUUUAAGAAUGAAAUUGGUCAGUGUGUUAACUUUUUCUGUCCUAAAGGUGUAUGUAUCCAUUAUAGAGGUUUAUUAGUGUACGAUCUUUCUUCACUCACCAUGCUAAUGCAUCAUCACUAAUUCUAUGUAUUAUUUGUAAUUACUUGCAAAGUAGUGCAUCUGUAUCUGUUUGAAUUGGUGUGACAGUGAUCAACUGAGUCGAUUAGUUUUCCCCUUUUAUUCUCCAUCAUAUUUUCCAUAAAGGUGACAGCUUGAAACUCUUCUGUUAGGAGGAAAGCAAAUUUAGAAUUUCAAAUUAAACUUUCAAUUUUUCAAUCUUUCAGGCACAUUUGCAGUUUUGCCUUUGUGUAAUGGAACAACUUGCACAAGCCAAUCUUCAAACAUACACUUCAAAAUAACAAACCUAACCUAGUUACUCUUACAACCAAGCCCAAAACCCUACACAUUGAGUCAAUAGUUUUGACUCACAGAAACUGCCAAACUAGCAUGACUGUCAGUAACAACUAUUCUGAAUAGUAACUUUUAUCCCUCAUUCUCAAAAUAAAUCAACCACAGGGGAGGUGGUAUAAAUAAUCAUGGAAUAAUGGGAAGGGGAUAAGGGUGUUAAAUGACAAAAAUGCUUCCAUUCCCUCAUCUCUAUUACUCUCUCUUUCCAUCGUCAUCUCUGACCCUACCACUAUCGGCCACCUCUAUUCCUCUCUGUGUCCCUCUCCUUCACCUUUGACCCUUGCCACCUAUGGCCACCUUUUUUUUUCUCUCUUUCUUCCCGCUGCCAACCAUUUCGACCACAAAUCAAGCACCCCAGACAACGCCACGAGAGACCACCACCAACUUCCUGCCUUUGGGUGUUUCUUUGUCUUCUCAUUUUGCUUUUAUUUGGUGAAUUCUUUGGGUGUUAAUUUAGGAAUAUUUGUGUUAAUUUUAUGAGAUUUUGGUGAAUUUUGACUCUAAAAUUGCAUUAUUUGGGGGAAAGUUUAUUUUUUUGUGUGGUUUUUUUGUUUUUGGAUCCAAUCCAACCUCACUCUCUCCAAAUAUAAGUUUAGAUUGUUGGGUGAGUAUCCCAAGAAUUAAUCCAUUCCAAAUGAAACACCUGGGGAUGGACUAUUAGUCCAGGGAUUUGUAAUAUCACCUUAUCAAGUCUAGUUAAACUAAUGUAGCCAGGCUAAAAUCUUACAUGUAUUGUUAAAGCAUCAAGAAUACAAGAAAUGGUAGUCCAUCUCCCUGAAGAUUAGACUAGUCCUUUUUGAUAUGUGGUGGGUUUGAUCCCUCAUGAAACCCCUAUUAGGUAAUCCCUGCUGUGUGAAAACAAAUAUUAUUUCCUAUUACUUGAAAUUUUAAAAAAAAAUGUAUAUGUCUUGUAUUGUACCGUAUGGGGUGUGAGCCAUUUAGGUGAGGCAUACAUAAAGUCAUUCACCUCUGUGAAGUAACUUGUCAUUUUGGAGUCUGUGGUGGGUUUUUGACCCUUGUGAAGCCCAUGGGUAGAUCUGAUUCUUUGGAUGUCCAUAGAGAUGCAUUCAAGGUUCUACAUGGUCAUUUUCAACAAAAUGAGUUCAGCCACUUGAAUUUGUUGUGCAACUGAUUUGUCAUUCAUUAAGGACUUAUGAGUGAGUGUAGCAAUUAGUUUGGUUCAGACCUGUUGAGAGUUACACCAUAUAGUUAAUAUUUUCUUGAGCUUUUGUCAUACAUUGAAGGUAAAGGAGAAUCAAAAUCAAAGGACCGCCUGAUUUUUGGUUAGAAGGUAAAGUAGAAUCCAUGUCAACAUCUUCGUGGUCGCCACAAGUUACGAUCUUAGCAAGAAAUACUGGCUUUUAAUGCCCAUGCUUGUGUAUUGGUUUGUCCACCUCUAUUCAGAUGUAUGGUUAUUGAAUGGUUAGCAUCAUCAAUAGAUGCUUCUCUUUGAAGGAUAGGUAGCCAUGGAUUACUAUGUUGCUCCCAGUCAUCCGCCAGGUACAAAAACAUCUUUGUUAACCUUGUUACUUUUUCAAUCUUGGCAGACAUUAGACAAUAUCAACUUGGAUACUUUUUCUACUUUGUCUUAUUGAUCAUUUUUUGUGUAAAUUUCAUGUUAUGAUUAUUAAAUUCUGUGAACAUGUUCUCAGAAUUGUAGAUAAGAACAAUCCUGAUAUAUUGCCAUGUAUUCUUACACGGAUUAAUAUUGUUUAACGCAAAGUAGUCACGAGAAUUUUACCAUUCAUUUCCAUUACAUAUAGAAAUUGUAGAUUUGCUAUGAUGGAUUGGUUAAGAAGGCAAUGGUUGCCAAUACAUGUGUUUUUUUUCUCUCUCACUCUCUCUCUCUCUCUCUCUCAAAUGCUACAUCCUAGAAAAAAAAUCUAAAAAAGUGUUUAGAAUUUGAAAUGUGUGCACAUGCAUUGCAGGUGGUUAUUUUAGUCUACCACUUUCCUAUUUGUUGAGUACUAACAAUAUUGUAGUAGGUAAUGCUCUCACCUUGUCUUUUAUAUUAAAUUUUGAGAUAUUUUGAGCUUGAAAAGAUCAAGGGGUUAUGAUCUUACAAAUUAAGGAAGAAGAAAUUGUCAUGAGCACACGUCAAUCGCAAACUUUUGUGUCACUGUCUUGUGGGCAUGGCAUUUGAAAAUUAUGGAGCAUCUCCUUCAGACUUUUCAUCAGUUUGAAAAUUUUGCCAGUAGUUUUUGAAGUAUGAAAAAGUGAGAUCAUAGUUCCCAUUGAUUUGGACAUAAGCAAAUGUAUCAUUUUGUGAUAUACUGAUUCAUAGGGGCUUUCAACCACUUUUUGAAAGUUGUAUCAUCUUGACGUAUGGAGUAUAUAAGCAUAGUUGUAUAUAAAAAGGUGGAUAUACGGAUUUGGAUUGCUUCAUCAAUUUCCUAUCAUUAUGUGUCAGGUGAGAAAUCAAAUGCCGAUCCCGGACAAUUACUCAAGUGGCCAUGGAGAGGGCACUUGGGUGCCAAGGUGAGUGAAGUUUUCAGGUUUGAGUCUAUGGAGAGAUAUUGUCUUACGUUAUAAUUUAACUACUAACAGUUAUGUUGUGCAAAAAAAGAGUCAUAUGUCGAUGUGGGUACUGUUUUAAACUUUCAAGGUGCCCAGAAUUUGAAAUGUGUACACGUGUGCUGCUUUAUGCCUAUUUUAUCAAUAGUUGUGUGUCAAAAGUGAGAAAUCACAGGUUGACAUGGUUAUUGUUGCUUGAAAUUUUCAAGCUGCCCAGAAUUUAAAAAAUCUCACAGCCUAUUGAAAUGUACAAUACAAUAUGUAUUUUUUGCUU